AUGGAUGUCAAAUGUCAUCAUUGCGGGGCGUUGCACUGGAUGGCAGAAAAACUCACAAAUUCGUCUUUAAUAAACCCGAAAUUUGGAACAUGUUGUCUCCAAGGAAAAGUUCUCCUACCGUUACUGCGUGAACCACCUAUAGCAUUCAGAGAAUUUUUUGACGGAACCAACGCCGAAUCAGUAUCUUUUCGGACAUAUAUUCGAGAGUAUAAUGCGGCAAAUGCAUUUACUAGCCUUGGAUGCAAACUAGAUACAAGAGCUUUGAAAGGGAGAGGUCCGAGACCUUUCUCAAUACAUGGGGAGUUGAGACAUUUAACCGGCGGUGUUUUACCAGCUCCGUGGACUGAGAGGAGGGCGGUUUACUCCCAACUGUACAUCUAUGAUCCAGCUUUUGCAUUGUUUGUCCGUGGAGAACGAAAUCCUGAGUUAAAUAUGAAUGUCCUACAGACAAUUCAGAAUGCUAUGCUCCAAUUCAAUGUUUUUUAUACCAAGUAUCGUCAGGCUUAUGCAAUUUUGGACCAGAUGAGCCCGAUCGACCAGAAUAUCAGAGUUUCCCUUCAAUAUAACAAGUCAACCGAUAUUAGGCGUUAUAAUCUUCCGACAGCAGAUGAGAUUGCGGUUAUCGUUCCAGAAAUAACUUAUAAGGAGACUGGGGUGCGAGAUAUUAUAUUGCAUUUGAGAGAAAACAACGGGUUGAAACAAAUUUCGGAGUGUCAUCCGGCGUACUUGCCUUUACAUUAUGUUUUACUAUUUCCUUUUGGUGAGCUGGGAUGGUCACCGACAAUGAGGCAGUGGGAUGCAGUCACCCAAACAUAUACGAAAACCAAAUUAUCUCAAAUGGAGUAUUACAGUUACCGCAUAUUUGAACGCACCGAAGAAUAUUCCACCAUCUUAAGAGCCGGAAAACUAUUUCAAGAGUUCUUAGUUGAUGCAUGGGAAGCGACAGAGCAGAGUAAGUUGGCAUGGCUCAAAUUCAACCAACCAACUUUGCGUUCUGACCAAUACAGUUGCAUUGCUGAUAUGACAAAUGCCGAUUUGAAUCCAGGUGAUAGAGGUAAUCCUGUUAUUUUACCAUAUUCACACACUGGUAGCGGAAGGCAUAUGCACGAGAUAUAUCAGGAUUCGAUGGCUAUUACACGUUUUCACCACCAUCCAGACAUUUUUCUUACAAUGACUGCAAACCCAAAUUGGCCAGAAAUAAGAAAUGCACUUAUUAGCAAUCAGAGUGUCACUGAUCGUCCUGAUUUGGUGGCUCGAGUUUUUGAGCUGAAAAGAAAAGCAUUGAUGAAAGAAAUAAAGGAAAAAAAGGUGUUCGACACGGUUGUCUCCCAUGUUUAUACAAUCGAGUUUCAGAAACGUGGGCUACCACAUAUGCAUGCUCUUAUAUUUUUAAAAGAUUCGGAAAAAAUUCGUACGGCAGACAUGGUUGAUAGAUUUGUUUCUGCUGAAUUUCCUGAUGAGAAAAAUGACCCAAUACUAUUUGACGCCGUAAGCAAAUGUAUGGUUCAUGGUCCAUGUGGAGAACGAGAUCCAGGUGCAGCAUGUAUGUCAAAAGGAAAAUGUACGAAAGGAUAUCCAAAUAAGUACACUGACACAACAACUUUGGACGAGGGUGGGUAUCCCAGUUAUCGUUGUCGUCGGGAUGUAAUAAAAGUAACUGUCAGAAACAACAAAAAGGCGUAUAAUAUAGAUGUUGUACCCUAUAACCCGCAUCUCUCAAGAAUGUUCAAUUGCCACAUCAAUGUUGAAAUAUGUGCAGGCAUAAGAGCUGUAAAAUAUAUUAAAAAAUACAUUCAUAAAUGGGGUGACCGAGCUACGAUGGUUUUGAGAGAACAUGACGAGAUUCAACAAUAUAUUGAUGCAAGGUACAUUGGACCACCUGAGGUUGUAUGGCGUUUACUUGAGUACCACUUGCAUGAAGAAUAUCCUGAUGUACAGCGGUUGGCAGUUCAUUUACAGAAUAAGCAACGGGUUGUUUACAACGCAAGGAAAUCAAUGAACUCGGUUAUACGAACAACACAAGAACAUAAGACGACUUUGAUGGGUUAUUUUGAAUAUUAUGAUAAAAAUCCUACUGCCCCGACCUAUACUUAUAAAAAGUUCCAGCAACACUUUGUAUGA